CCGAGAUAAAACAAUAGAGCAUUCUUGCUAUCUAUGUGGCCAAAAAUUUGUUAAUUUUUAUCUCAAUGGCCGAACCCCUCCAGAAGAAGCGCCUCUUGCGCAUGACGGUGGCGCACUAUCGCCAGCCGAAUGUCAGCGAAGAAGAGUUCUAUCAAUGGGUGACCGAACAGCAUGCCGCACGGGCGGCCAAGCUACAUGCUAAGAAUGGGAUCGAGGGAUUUUCUAUCUACUUCACCCCCAAGUCGUUUCGUGACUUUACAUCGGAACUCAACAACGCGCGCGGAAACCCAUGGCGGGUUCGAGACUUUGACGCCCAAGUCGAGUUCUUGUUCCGGGACAUGGAGACGUUCUACAAGGGGGCUGCCGACGCGGAUUUCCAGGCGCUACAGGCAGAAGAGGGGCCUUUUGUCAGCGGCGAGGGUGCAGAAAUCAGCCUCGGCUGGGUUGAGACGUACGUCCGAGACGGUCAAAUCGUCAACCUCGACGAGGCUGGGAAGCCUACUUUCCUGCCAUUUAAGGAUAUGAGUCAGGCACCGUAAACGAAGGUGCUAGAACAUAUAGAGAAUUCACAGAUCGAAUUGCUAUGUCAAGUGUCAAGUUCUUCGUGUAACACACUCUGUUCAUAUAUAUAUCUAAUUUAUGCGAACGAGCAAAGACCAC